AUGAUUGGGCUGAGUGCCAAUGACCUCAGCUCUCACGAUAAGUGGGUAGACGACAUUAACCAAGUCUCAAACGCAAACCUCCAAUUCCCCAUUAUCGCCGACGCAGACCGCAAAGUCUCCUUCCUCUACGACAUGAUCAGCCGAGAAGACCAUGACAACAUCGCAGAGAAGGGCAUCGCCUUCACCAUCCGCUCAGUUUUCGUUAUCGACCCUUCCAAGCAGAUUCGACUUACGAUGAUGUAUCCUGCUUCAGCGGGCCGCAACUCAGCCGAGGUUCUGCGUGCUAUUGACUCUCUGCAAACUGGAGAUAAGAAGGACGUUGUUACGCCGAUUGAUUGGCAGGUUGGCGAUGAUGUUGUUGUUCCGCCUUACGUUUCGAAGGAGGAUGCGAAGAAGAAGUUUGGUAAUGUUAGAGAGGUUAAGCCCUACUGGAGACUCACCAAGGCCUAG